ACUGGUGCAGCACUGUUUAUAAUAUGGCGCGUGUUAUAGUGAAAUGAAUGUAUAUAUUUUUUGUAAUUUGUGCUUUUUAAUAGCUUAAAAAUGUCUGUAAAAUGGACUGGAAGUCAAAGUGAAACUGGCAUAUUACGAAAAAGUGAAUUUAAAGAGAAGAAAGAAGAAUUAUUCGUGUUCGGCUAUUCGUGCAAACUGUUCAGGGAUGAUGAUAAAGCCCUGCACAUUGAUCAAGGCAAACACCUCAUUCCGUGGAUGGGGGAUGAAACGUUAAAAAUCGACAGAUACGAUGCAAGGGGUGCCCUACAUGAUCUGUCAACAUUAGAAGCCCCGUCCGGGGGCUAUGACUGGCGCGUGGAGCUCACCAGGGCUGAGCUGGACGUGGAACAACUGUGUGAUGAAGAGAGGUACCGGGCUCUACACACUGAUGAAGAUGAAGAAGAAAUGUACAAAGAGGAAGAGUUAAAGCGUCUCCAUGCAGCCGGCUAUGGUCAAGUAGGCUUCAACUACGACACUCCAUCGGAAUCAAUGGCUGAUAAUCAGACCAUUGAAAUUGAAGAACCAUUUGAACCAACUCCAGACUUUCAAGCUCUUUUACCUGUCAACACAGUGUUUCCAGAAACCCAGAAGCAAAAUGCAAUUAUCGAGAAGACAGCGAAAUUUAUAGCGAAUCAAGGGGCUCAAAUGGAGAUCCUUAUCAAGGCAAAGCAAGGGGACAACGUGCAGUUCAAGUUCCUGAACAAGGAUUCUCCGCUACAUCCGUACUAUACAGCUCUAAUUGGAUUAGUGAAAUCUGGGAAAUGGCCUGAGAAGAAGACUGAAGCCAUUGAAGAGAAACAACAAGAGGCGAAUGAAGAUUACCUGCAUCCUAGUUUAGCUUCUACUGUUAUUGAAUCUGCACCUUCCAUUCCGAGUAUACACUACAAACCGUCAGCGGACUGCGAUUACACACUUCUCAUAUCUAAGAUGCGAGGGGAGACAACCCUGGAAGAGCCAUACUCAGCGGAGCUGGCCCCGGGGGAAGUUGCUCCUCCAGGAACAGAACCUCUGCCUCCCCGUACUAAUGCAGAGAUCACCAAACCACCCGUCAUGUAUAAUAGGAAUGCUCAAGCCCCAGCAAACUCAGACCUCCAGCAAUACACCGCCUACUACAAUCAGUAUGUGUCUCAAGUGCAGCCACAACCCCCACCAGUACAACAGCACAAGAAACCCACCGUGACAACAACUAAGUCCACUGGGCUCAGUCUCAUGAAGAACUAUAAUACGGACAGCGAUACUGAUGAUUCAGAUUUCGACGAUAGUUCUUCAUCAGACAGCAAACAUAAGCCGGCCAUUGUAAUUCCGCCCGAUGAUGUCAAAGUCGUCAUCGACAAGAUGGCGGCGUACGUCGCACGGAAUGGCGACGAGUUUGAAGAUAUCGUGCGCUCCAAAAAUGAUCCUCGAUUCACGUUCUUAGAACCCAACGACAUAUAUCAUCCAUUUUAUAAGAAAUUAAUGCAGGAAAAGAGAGGUGUAGACAUAAAUGGUAAAGACAACCAGAAUCAGAAACAUGAUAAAGGUAAGUCUCCCGUAUCGUUUUCAAUAAAGAAACAUAAAGAGCCUGAUCCAAUACUUCCAAGACCAGCUCUCCCAUACGAAUCGAGUUCUGAAGAUGAAGAAAAUGGCAAAGAAGCGACGGAAAAACCAGAGGAAACACCUAAAGAAGUACCUAAAACAAAUAUACCACAGGUGUACUCUGUUAAUAAUAUGCCACCUGUGGUGGUUUACAAAAUGGAAGCUAUUCAAGUGAACAACUUGCCCUUAGUAAAAGCUAUCGAACCCCAAACCCGUAUUGCUCAAAAACCAAUAAUACCUGUAGUUACAGAACCAGCCAUAAAAGAAAUUCAAGUGAAAGAACAACCAGUACCUAUUAAAGUUGAAGAAAAACCAGUGAUAGAAAAAGUUAUGCCAAAGAUUGAAGUGAAGAAAGAGAAAACGCCGGAAAAGAGGGAAGAAAGAGUUAAAGAUAAGGAAAAGAGAAGUCCUAGUAGAGAUAAAAAGAAACAUCGCGACAGGAAGAAAGAUUAUCGUUCGGAACAUAAAUCGGAUUAUAAAGACAGGAGAGCUGAGAAGAAUGCUGAAAGAGAGAAGGAAAGAGAACGUAAGAGAGAGAAGGAGAGCGAGAGGCAAAACGAGAGGGAUAGAAAGAGAAAGAAGUAUAGACAAGAAGUGGAAACUGAAAUUAUAUCAUUAGAAGAUAAUUCUAAUGAAAUGAUUGAUUUAACCGGCGAGCAAUCAGAUACAAAAGCGGAGGGCUCCCCGCCGUCGAGCAGCUCGCGAAGACGGCGCGCGGCGGAGCUGCUGCGCGCCGGCCUGCACCCCGCCGCCGCGCGCCUGCCCGCCACGUCGCUGGCCAGCGCCAUGGUGGACACGUUAGAAUCGUUGCGUAAGAAGAAGUCCGAGGAAGAAGAAAAGAGACGAAGACGAGACAAACGGCAGCGGAGAGACAAAAGAGACUACGAUGACGAAACAGACAAGUAUAAGAAAAACAAACGUAAGAAAAAUAGGUCGUCUGACGAGGAGGACUCUGACUAUGAAGGUUCUAAAAAGAAAAAACGAAAGAAGGACAAGAAACACACAUCGAAGAGUAAGAAGAAGAGAAGACGGGAGGUGGAAGAAAGCGAACCAGCAACGACCCUCAACAUAGACCUCACGAACACUUUGAAAGAACUCCGAACCUCACCAACUAAAGUGUUGGGACUUGAAGAUAUAAAAGAACUCCCAACGAGGCAAGAAUCUUCUGAGGAAGGAGAAAAGAAAAAGAAAAAGAAAGAAAGAGAGUACAGUGAAGGAGAGUGGUCGAGUGAUAGUGGAGAAGACUCGCUUUCAAGUGAUAAAGAAUAA